CGCUAGAGGGCGACCGGAGGAAGACCGCUGAUCCAAACACAUGGAGGAUGAGGUUGACACCAUUGAGAUGACCGGCAAGCCAAGUACAGUACAGCAGCUCUUCAGCUUUAUCAAAUUAAUGAGAGAAGAUGAGAGGACUGUGGAAGUUGACCGUGUCUGCUGUAGGCCAUGGUGUUAGAUGCGUCCCAUUCAGACUCCACAGUGGACGGCCACCUGCACCAUUAGGAGCCAGAAUCCUCACCAACCCUGAUGACGUCUUGCAGCAUAAUAUGUGGGAUCAUGUUCAGUGGUCACCUGAGGAGUUUGAAACAGCCAAACAAAAAGCAGAGGAAAACUCCAGAGACCGGAUUCCGGUGGAAGAGCAAGUCAGAUAUGAAAGAGAUGCUCACCAGUAUUGGAAUGGAUUUUAUGAGAGGCACCAUAACAAGUUUUUCAAAAAUCGACAGUGGCUUUUCUCUGAGUUCCCAGAGCUCUUGCCCCCGGGCUCUGAGACAGACCAUACCUCAGGGGGGCAGAAGCGUGGAGACACUGACCAGGUCAGCAGAGGAAGCAGUCAUAUAGCAUCACUCUCUGACAGCCCUGAAGUACUUAGGGAGCAGCAGCAGCAGCAGGACACCAGUUACAGUUUUGCAGUGAAAUCUCAAGAAACUGUUGCUUUCCCUGGACAACAUGCUUCCUUCAGGAUACUCGAGGUGGGCUGUGGUGCAGGCCACAGUGCAUUCCCUAUUAUGAAGACAAUCAGAGAGAGAGACACAUUCCUGUACUGCAUAGACUUUUCUUCUCGAGCGAUUCAGCUUGUCAAGGAGCAUCCAGACUAUGACCCAGCAGUGUGCCAUGCCUUUGUGCACGACGUUUGUGAUGGCGCGUCCCUGUUUCCCUUUCCUCCUGGGAGCCUGGAUGUUAUUCUCGUGGUUUUUGUGCUGUCCUCCAUCCAUCCUGAAAGGCUGCAAGGAGUGGUGAAUCGUUUGGCUAGCUAUCUGAAGCACGGAGGAAGCAUCCUGUUCAAAGACUACGGCAGAUAUGAUUUAGCACAGCUACGAUUUAAAAAAGGUCAGUGUUUGUCAGAUAAUUUCUACACAAGACAAGACGGAACCCGCGUGUAUUUUUUUACAAAAGGGGAGGUACAUCAGAUGUUCACAGAUGCUGGUUUGGAGGAGAUUCAGAACCUGGAGGACAAGAGGCUACAGGUGAACAGAGGAAAGAAAGUGGUGAUGCGCAGGGUGUGGAUCCAGAGCAAAUAUCGGAAACCAUAAAGAUCCCUUCAUUCUUUUAUUUUUUAUUUUUGGGUUACUAUGAGGAUAAGCGUGAGCCACCUGGAGCACUCAAUUUUAAUGUUUUAUAUCUCAUUGCAGUUUCUGUCAGUGUGUAAACAGAAAAAAUGCUUUAUUUACAGAAUGUUCUGUUCUGUAUUGUGAAUUAUUCUGUUCAUGGCAUCAUCAAAACAGGUUGUUUUUGCUGCUUAGUUUCUACAUUGAACUAGGAAGAACUGGGAAGCAUUACAUCUUAUACGAUACCUACUACUGGUACUUUAAAAUUCUUUAGUUUCAGUGGAGUAAUGAAAAGUUCUCCAUGAUAAAUUCCUUUGAAAUAUACUGACCUCAUUGUAUGCAAAACAUGGUUGUCUUUAUAUUCUUUCGACAUGUUAUGUUUUUGCUUUCUGUUGGAAUAGGGAGAUUCCAAGAUUUUUUAUUAUUAAUUUUUUUUUCUUUCUAUAAUUUGUAAAUCAGUGAUGCAUUUAUACUGAAACCUGAUCUCACAUACAGUACCCGUCAAAAGUUUGGUCACACCGUCUCAUUCAAUGUUUUUCUUUAUCAGUUAUUAAAUGCUUGUUUCUUUUGUUUUGUAAAUUAACAGUGUUUUGACUUUCAAUGAAAGUGAAAUAUAAUAAAUGUUUUGGAUGCUGUAAUGGUAUAAACAAAACACGUCUUCCAAUUCUUUAAUCUAGUGUUUUGAUUGUUGUCAGUUAUUGAGGGUUGAGGCGGGGGAUCUUACUUCUGCUUUAAAUAAUAAUAAACAAAAAAAUAGGUCUAGGUUAAAUCAAUCACAUUUAUUUCUCACAUGCCUGAAAAGAUACGAUGAAUAAACAUCUUACAAAGAAUAUAUAGAAAAUAAACACUUAAGAAUGGCAGUGUGUAAAGUAAAAGAUGAGGAUGGGGUAUAGUUACAAUAGAAACAAUAAAAACAAUUGAUUCAAAAUGAGAGUGAAGCAAAAGAUGGACAGCAAUCAGCAUCAGCAGAAUUAAAAACUAAAACUGAUUCAGGCAUACUAGAGCAAAAAAGAUGAUAUAAAUCAUAUUAUACAAAAUGCUAAAUGUUACUAUU